CAGGACAAAGAUCCACUGCUCAUCAUGCCGGACGUCACCGUGAAAGCGCCCAAGAAGGGCUCAAAGAAAGCCGUCUCUAAGACCGCCACCAAGACUGGCAAGAAGAGGAGAAAGUCCAGGAAGGAGAGCUACGCCAUCUACGUGUACAAGGUGAUGAAGCAGGUCCACCCCGACACCGGCAUCUCCUCCAAGGCCAUGGGUAUCAUGAACUGCUUCGUGAGCGACAUCUUCGAGCGCAUCGCCGGUGAGGCCUCCCGUCUGGCUCACUACAACAAGCGCUCCACCAUCACUUCCAGGGAGAUCCAGACCGCUGUCCGCCUGCUGCUGCCCGGGGAGCUGGCGAAGCACGCCGUGUCUGAGGGCACCAAGGCCGUGACCAAGUACACCAGCUCCAAGUAAACUGCUGUGAAGUCAACUACUCAAAGGCUCUUUUAAGAGCCACCCACUACAUCUGGAGACUUGUCCUGUCAGUUAAACUAUUUAUUAUAGAAAGUGUAUAAAAUUCAAAUCCUGUCACUUCAAUAACUACAUGUAGAACAGAAAAUCAGUUGUAUUUUAAUGUAACCUGCCGUUUUCGUGCUUUCCCAUCUGUAAAUACCACGUGUGCAACCAGGUUCUUGGCCUACGGCCAUACCACCCUGAACAUGUCUGAUUUCGAAAGCUAAGCAGGGUCGGGACGGGUCAGUACUUGUUUUGGAGAGCGCCUGGGAAUACCCGGUGCUGUAAACUUUUCAUUCUUUCAUCAGCAGUGGGCGCUGCUGCCUCUUCAGUGGCGACACAGCUGACAACAGUUUGCUAUUCAACAAAGACUUGCUGAAAUUCACAAGCCAAGGGGUGGGGGGAUUCACUCAAAUACCUACAUACCUAUGCUAAAUAACCUGUACAAAUGUAAUGCCCAAAGUAAAUUGAAAGCUGCUCUUCAACCAUUCACUCCAUUCACUGCUUCUGGCACUGAGUAAUAGUGGACUGAAGUUUGUUGUUGAGAAAGAUGCCUGAAGAUGGGUGUAUAUGGUAGGUAUGAGCUGGAAAACACAAUAGAAACAUAGCACCAAGUGUUACCAGGUUCAAAUUUCAGAUUAACUGGACAACAACAUAACAUAUUAGACAAGUUUUUCUAAGAGUAACACCAGGCGUUCACAAACUGCAUUUGUAGAUAUUAUAUUUAUCGAUUUUAAAAAGGCCAUAAAUAACUUGUAUACCCAAUAUUCUCUAUCAGAAGUAAUGACACAAACUAAGUGUGGAAAUCAUGAAUUUAUUGCUAAACUUAGUGUCACGUGCUCAUUCUUAGAUGUACACUGCACUUUUAUACUUUGGUGUACUAUACACAUCACCAUGUAAAUUGGUGUACUUUUUAUAUCUUGAUCCAUGUGACAUACACAUUACUAUGUAUGUAUAUUUUUGUACUUUUAUGCCUUGAUUAAAGUACCAUACACAUUACUAUGUAUGAUGUUAUAUUCUUAUACUUUUGAUCAGAAUUAUAUGCAUGUCCAUGAUUAAAAAGAGUACUCACAGAGUGAGUUGAACUGUGGCACACAGGGUGCAGGGAGCUAGCUUUGUUUAGAAUAUAACCAGAUAAGGGGUGCGUAAGAAAAGAUGCCCAUUCCGCUAUCAGAGCAGGUGUUGUGUUGAACAGCAGUAACCCAAGACAUGAGGAGACCUUAAAGAUGUUAUGGUAAAACUUUAGCACCCUGUGUCAGGCUGAGACACUGACCGGAGAUGUACUGUUCAAUAUGUAUACUUAAUGUAGUGUAAGUUCAAAUAUGUAUACUAAAUGUAGUGUAAGUUCAAAUAUGUAUACUUAAUGUAGUGUAAGUUCAAAUAUGUAUACUUAAUGUCGUGUAAGUUCAAAUAUGUAUACUCAAUGUAGUGUAAGUUCAAAUAUAUGUAUACUUAAUGUAGUGUAAGUUCCCAGUAAAUGUAACCAGUUACCAAAUCAGGACACCAAAGAUGAAACUGUGCCAAGAGACAUGAUUACGCCUACCACACCAACAAAAACCAAUAAAAAGAAGGGAUACUCAUAUUUUGCUAGUGUGUAUAUACUGUAUGUGAAUGCUCAUUCGUGGCCUUUUUGUGAAACUGCGACAGUUAACUACGUUGGUGUUCUGUGGAGCAACGAAGCUGAUUGGCCCUCAUGAGUAUAAUUUGAUGUUUUGAUUUGAAUAAAUAACUUGAUAUUAUAACCCAAAGAUUCC